UGACGAUGUUAAAACUUUUCAUCAGUGUGUCGUAUGUGACGAGAUAUUUCAGCUAUAUGGUGACUUGGAAAAACACAACCAAAUACAUGUCAAAGAAGAAAAACACAACAUUCUAAAAUUUGUUUCUCAGGCAGAGCUAGAACCCCUUAAUAAAAGACAUGUUGUCGUUAAAAAAGAGCCUGUAGAUGUUGAUGAAGGGCCUAUUAUUUAUCAGUGUCCUACUUGUGGGAAAAAUUUUGAAAAAUAUUGUGACCUUGCGGAUCAUAACGAUGCGUGUUCUCUCGAGAAUGAAAUAAAAUUUGAUUUGGUUAAUAACAGCACCAAUAUUGGAGCAGAGCCUGUAGAUACUGAUGAUAUUAGGCCUAUUAUUUAUCAGUGUCCUGCGUGUGGGAAGAAUUUUGAACAAUAUUGUGACCUUGCGGAUCAUAAUGAAACGUGUUCGCUCGAGAAUGAAAUAAAAUUGGAUUUGGUUAAUAACAGCACCAAUAUUGGAGCAGAGCCUGUAGAUACAGAUAGGCCUAUUAUUUAUCAGUGUCCUGCUUGUGGGAAGAAUUUUGAAAAAUAUUGUGACCUUGCGGAUCAUAAUGAUGCGUGUUCGCUCGAGAAUGAAAUAAAAUUGGAUUUGGUUAAUAACAGCACCAAUAUUGGAGCAGAGCCUGUAGAUACUGAUGAUAAUAGGCCUAUUAUUUAUCAGUGUCCUGCUUGUGGGAUGAAUUAUGAACAAUAUUGUGACCUUGAGGAUCAUAAUAAAAAGUGUUCGCUCGGAAAUGAAAUAAAAUUGGAAGUGGUUGAUACUAGCACCAAUACUGGAGCUGACAAUAAUAGGCCUAUUGUUUAUCAGUGUCCCUCUUGUGGGAAGAAUUUUGAAAAAUAUUCUGACCUUGAGGACCAUAAUAAAACGUGUUCGAAGGGAAAUGAACUAAGGCCUGACGAACAUGUUGCACAAGAAUUUGAGUAUAAUACUGGCAAUGAAAUAAGAUCCGAAGUGGUUAAUACCAGCUCCAAGACUCGAGAGAAACAAUUUAAAUGUGACGUAUGCAGUCGCUCAUUUAAUCGUAACGGUGAUUUGAAGAUACAUGUCAAAGUUCAUACACGACAAAACGUUGAUUAUAAAUGUGACAUAUGUGAACGAUUAUUCAAAUUUAAUUGUGACUUACAAAGGCAUGUACGAUCACAUACCAGGGAGAAGCCAUUUACGUGUGAAUAUUGCAACAAAUCAUUCAUGCGGAACGGUGACCGUAUGCAACACAUCAGAAAUCACAUUGGCGAAAGGAAUUUUAAAUGUCAUAUUUGCAGUAAACUGUUUCUCCGGAAUAAUAAUUUGCAGAGACAUAUGCGGAUUCACACCGGCGAGAAACCUUAUAAUUGCGAUUUUUGUGACAUUUCAUUCAGCGAAAAAUGUGAUUUGUCAAAACACGUAAAAAUCCAUACCGGGGAAAAGAAACACGCGUGUAAACUUUGUAAUCGUUCAUUCAUUCGUAAUUUCGAUCUGCAGACGCAUAUUCGUACACAUACAGGGGACAAGCCGUAUCGCUGCGAAUGUUGCAGUCAGUGUUUUUCCUCGACAAGUAAUUUACAGAGACAUUUACGUACACACACUGGUGAGAAACCAUACCGAUGUGACGUCUGUUUAAAGUUGUACGCGGAUAAAUCUAGCGUUAAUCGUCAUAUGAAAAGUCAUACGCAGACGACAGUAGACAAUCUGCCAGAUAGGGCCUAGUCAAUCAAUCAAUACUAACUAAU